GGAUACCGUUCACCAGUGGAACUGGGGGGCAGCUACUCUGGCAUAUCUCUACCAGAAGCUGAAUGAGGCCUCCAACUGGAGGACGAGGCAGCUGGUCGGAUCCUGCACUCUGCUUACGAGCUGGAUCAUCUCCUACUUCUCCCGCAUCCACGGCUUCCACAUCGAUCCUGCGUACGUUGACGCCAUGCCCAGGGCCGCCAGAUACGCCCUCCAGAGGGGGAACGAUGCGGUGGGACCAUACCGCCUGUACCUGGACCGCACGAUGCACGACGACGUCACCUGGAGGCCGUUCGCCGACUAUGCUCAGGUUGUCCCCUUCGACGGGGUUGCUCUAUAUUCAGGCUGGUUGGCAUGCGGGACCGGCAUCAUGGUCCGGUAUCUCCCGGAGCGGUGCAUGCGGCAGUUUGGGUUCGUGCAGAUCAUACCCAGGUCACCCUUCGAGGCUGCUCCUGACACAGUGACCAGAGUGCAGCUCACUGCCAUAUGGGAGGAGUGGCAGCAUCAUGUGGUACCGGAGGAGUACCGUCGCAUGCGGGUCACCCAGGACUGGCACAGUGUGGAGGGGUACGUCACAUGGUUCUACCGGGUGUCCCAUCCUCUCUUGAGACCUGACGUUCCCGGCGCUCCUAGGCCAGCACACGAGGAAAUCCUGGAGAACCGGCAGGCGGAGGAUGACCACGCCAUUGAUCUCCUUCCGAUCUGCCAGCGGAUAGAGAUGCUUGGGCGGGACGCGUUGGAUCGAGGUGUCAUUCAUCGGGGCGGACCAGAGGCAGUCGCCGUGAUGGAGAUCAUCGUCACUGAUGCGGGCCGUGCGGCGGGGUACAGGCGGCAGAGGAGGGCCCAGGGUGAGCGGGUUAGGCACACCCAGUAGUGGUGGGGUUUAUUCAUUUUUUGAUUUUGGAUUGUAUAUUUAGCACACUAUUUUUAUUUAUUUCGGUUUGUAUAUAAUAUUUUCAUAUUAGUAUUUUUUUUUGUUUAUUUAUCAUAUUAGUGUUUUCAGUC